AUGUGGUCCAACGGGCCAGACAGGAUCGAAGGCGAGAAAGACUUGGUGAUAAAGGUGAUCCAUGCCGACGACGACCCUUCGCUCAAUCCAUGGACCUUCCGGAUGUGGUUCAUCGGUAUUGGCCUGGGCAUCUUCGGUGCCAUUAUGGAGACGAUCUACUUCUUUCGCCCCGUCACACUGGACGUGUCCAACAUCUUCCUCGCCCUCUUGAGCUAUAUUUUCGGCACCUUCUUGGAGUGGGUUAUUCCGAAAACAGGUUUCAUCGGGCGGUGGUUCAAUCCUCACCCGUUCAAUAUGAAGGAACACGCAGCCAUGGUCGUAAUCGCCUCGUCGGGGGCCCAGACUGCCCUAGCCGUCGAGGUCAUUGCCGUCCAGAGGCUGUUCUACGACAGAGCGCCAAACGCCUUCAUCUCCAUCCUGCUCGUUGUCUCCUCGCAGUGUGUCGGGUAUGGCUUUGCCGGAUUACUGCGCCGAGUCUUAGUGUAUCCCACCAAGAUGGUAUGGCCCAGCCUCCUGCCGAUGAACACCUUGCUGGAGACACUCCAUCGCGACCGCAGGGAAACAAGGGACCGCCUCCGCUUCUUUUGGUGGAUCCUCAUUGCCGCCUUCGUCUGGGAGGUCCUACCCGAGUACGUCAUGCCGAUUCUGACCGGUGUCAGCGUCUUUUGCUUGGCGAAGCAAGAUAGUAUGGUCUUCACCAACAUCUUUGGCGGAUCUAACGGCAACGAAGGACUUGGAGUGCUGUCGCUAGGGUUGGAUUGGCAGUUUAUCUCCAGCAAGCCGUUGUGGAUGCCGCUCGCGACAUUGACAAACAGCCUGGCUGGGUAUAUCAUCUGCAUCUUCUUGUUCCUCGGCGUCUACUACGGGAAUGUAUGGCAAGCUCGAGACUUUCCAUUCCUCUCCCAGCUGCUGUUCUCUCAAAAUUCGACGAGUUCCAACUACGUCGUGUAUAACCAAACGGAAAUCCUCAAUGACGAAAAUGUGCUGCUGCCGUCUGCACUGGAAACCGAGGGCAUUCCUUUCUUUGCGGGGACUUAUGCCAUGUUCCUCUUUACGACCAACCUUGCUGUCACUGCAACCGUUAGUCAUCUCUUGCUCUGGAACUGGGAUGAUCUCAAGACUGGGUACUCGUUCCUCUCGCCCAGCAGUCUUCGGCAGCUGCUCUCGCCACGGUCAUGGAACCUGAGAUUCUGGCAAUCUCAAGACAACAGCAGCCGAGAUAUCGAUGAGGAAAAAGAUCCCCAUUACCAACUAAUGCUGGCAUAUCCUGAAUGCCCUAGCUGGUGGUACGCCUGUAUUCUCAUUCUAUCCGUCAUCAUGGGUGUCGUUGCCAUAUACGCAGCAAAGUCGACUCUUCCCUGGUACGGGUUCUUCACCAGCCUCGGUGUGGCUGGAACCUUUAUCCUCUUUUUCGGCGCGCAGGUCGCACUUACGGGAUACCAGGGGAACGUGCAGCCGAUCGUGCAGAUGAUUGGGGGUUACCUCCAUCCCGGCCAGCCGCUUGCAAACAUGUACUUUACCCUCUUUGGGUACAACUCGGUCAUUCAGGGCAUCAGUAUGGUGCAGGACUUGAAGUUUGGGCAGUACGCAAAGCUCCCGCCGAAAGCGACGUUCUACGCCCAAGUCAUUGGUACUCUAGUUGGCGCUGUUGUUAAUUAUAUCAUGAUGGUCGAAAUCACCACCAACCAGAGAGACAUUCUCUUGUCCAUCCAGGGUACUAAUAUCUGGUCCGGUCAAAACAUUCAGCAGUUCAAUUCCCAAGCAAUCGCAUGGGGAGCUCUAGCCAAGGAAAUGUUCUCCCCAGGCUCUCGCUAUGGACUCGUACCCAUCGGUCUGCUCCUCGGCUUCCUCCCGCCGCUCGUCUUCCAUACACUUCAUCGGGCAUAUCCGAGAAUCGGCUUCUCCAAGAUUAAUACGCCCAUUAUCCUCGCCUACGCGGGAAUUCUCAGCGUUGGGAUCUCGUCCUCCAUGCUUUCGUACUUUGCCAUCGGCUUCGCGAGCCAAUUCUGGCUCCGUCGAUGGAAGCCAGACUGGUUCAUAAAGUACAACUAUGUCUUGGCGGCCGCGCUCGAUGGUGGCACGCAGAUUCUUGUAUUUCUCCUCACGUACACCGUUUUGGGUGGCGUUGGCCCAGAAAUCAAGUUUCCCAAGUACUGGGGCAACAAUGCGGAUGGAAAUUUCAACUACUGCAUAAGAGACCCGGGGGCUGGUUCUGUGGCCGCGGGCCUGAUAGAUCUAGACGGAUAA